AACCCACAUGUCACUAGACUGAAAUCAAGGGCACAAUUUAAAAUUAGUGUAGGAAAAAAAAACUUGUGACAAGGAUAUUUUAUAUACACUGCUGUUAAUACUGGCCACUUUGUUAAAUUAACAAACAAAUUUUUAAACUUGUGUUCGUUAAUAUAAAAAGGAAUUACUGUUUCCUGCCCAACAGUGUUGAAACAGUGCUCUGCAAUUUCAGUGAUCUUAAGACUUCCACGUAUAUGGGUCAUCUAUAGUCCGGAUAAUCAUUAGAACACAUUGUUUCACAGUACAUUCGAAAUUGCACUUUAUUUCAGCUCCUUGUUUUUCAAGCUUUGCCGUCGAACGGUCAACGUCUCUUGUCUGCAAUUUGAAAGUCUGUUGUAGCAGACAACAGCGUGCGCGACAGUGCAGAGUUGUCACAAAGAUCAAAAAUGGAGCAUGAAGAAUUACAGCCCUUAGGAAGAGCCCGGGGAAGGACUAGAUGUGGAAUUCUCUCGUCUCCUGGGACUCAAAAACUGCAGAGUGGUGUCCAAGAAGAAAAUUCUAAGCCCCUUGGUAAAUGCCGAGGGAGGGCUAAGCGCCCAGACGUCUUGGUUCAUGGAAUUCCUGUCCGCCAGCCUCAUCAUACAGUAACAGGUAUACCCUUGCUUACCUCACCAACCAUGAAAGUGGCAGCUCUGAAGUACACCAAAACAGACAGAGAUGAAGAGAAGGAGAUGGAAUUAGAACCCACUAAGGUAAAUGAAGGUGAUGCACACACCAGUAUUUUUGCAAGAAGCUUCAAGGUAGAGAAGGGAUUAGCUGCAAUGGGCAUUGAUGAUGUCAAAAUCUCUCCUAAAGUGCAGAUGUGUGGAAAAUCUAUGGAACAGGUCGGUGAUGCUAGUGAGCAUGAGAAGAUGCAGAAAGGACCAUCUUGGGCAGUUGAACCAAUUGUAUGGACUAAACCAAAAGGAAUGGUUGAUAAGAAAGGUACUACAGGACAAGUUGUAAGUCUGCAUGCCAAUUAUUUCAAACUGCCUACUGUGACAAACUGGCAGUUAUACCAGUAUCGAGUGGAUUUUCAACCAGAAGAAGAUCGUAAUGCUAUAAAAAAGAAAAUGGUUCGUGAUAACAAGGAAAAGCUUGGAGGAUAUUUGUUUGAUGGUUCUGUGCUUUUUACCUCUCAGAAGUACCAUCCAGAUCCUAUGGUAAUUUUCUCAAACAGGCCCUCAGAUGGUGCCAAAGUGCUCAUCACAAUUCGAGGAGUAGGUAUUGUUACAUGUGGGGAUUACCACUAUGUGCACAUCUUCAACCUUCUCAUGCGACGCUGCCUAGACAAUCUAAACCUUCAGCUGGUUGGUCGCCACUACUUUGAUUCUUCAGCUCGAAUAACACUGAAUAAACACCAGCUGGAAAUCUGGCCAGGAUAUGUGACAUCAAUUCGACAGCAUGAGAGUGAGAUGCUGCUUUGCACCGAAAUAACACACAAGGUGAUGAGAAAGGACACAGCAUACAAUCUACUCAGGACAUUCUACAAUUCUGACCCUAGUGACUAUCAGCGGCUGUUCAAGCAUGAGAUCUUGGGAAGUAUUGUUCUUACUGACUAUAAUAACAGAACAUAUCGGGUGGAUGAUGUUGAUUUUUCUGUGAAUCCUUCCUCCACAUUUGAAUGGAAUGGGAAGAAAGCGUCAUAUGCAGAGUACUUUUUUAAGAAAUAUGACCUGAAAAUAAGUGAUGGGUCACAGCCAAUGUUGGUGUCAAUGCCAAAGCAGCACGAACGCCAGCGUGGGCGUGAUACUCCUAUCUAUCUCGUGCCUGAGCUGUGUCGCAUGACUGGUCUGUCAGAACAGAUGCGGACAAACUUUCCAUUAAUGAGGGACUUAGCUGAUUGCACCCGUCUUGUCCCAUCGCAGCGUAUGGAACGGCUACAGCAUUUCAAUAGACGUCUCAAAACCAACAAUGUGAUUUCUGAAGAGUUGAAGUCUUGGAACAUGGAAAUGAGUGACCGUCUCAUGACCUUAUCAGGUCGUAUCAUGCCACAUGAGAAAAUCAUUCUUGGAACACAGGUCAAAUGUGAUGCUGGUCCCCUGAGUGACUGGACCAGAGAAUUACGCUCACAUGCAAUGCUGGUAUCACAGGAAGUGACUUCGUGGGUAGUGAUUGUGCCAAGACAUCUGAGUAAACCUGCCAGGGAAUUUGAAUCGAUGUUGAGGAGAGCUGCUUAUAGUAUGGAAUUGCGUUUGCCAAUCCCAACCUACAAGGAACUGCCUGAUGACCGCUUGGCUACCUAUGUACAAGGCAUAGAAAGUGCAUUGCUGUCUUGUAAUCCCAAACUUAUUUUUGUGGUUCUCCCAAACAAUCGCCUAGAUCGAUACAGUGUCAUCAAGAAGAAGUGCUGUGUGGAUUGCCCAGUGCCCACACAGCUGAUUCUUCACAAGACUCUUAUUAACAAAAAUGUCAAGUCUGUUGCAUCCAAAGUUGCUAUCCAGAUAAACUGCAAGAUUGGAGGAGCACCUUGGACAGUUGAGAUUCCACUGCAGGGCCUGAUGGUAGUGGGGUAUGAUGUGUACCAUGAUUCCUUACAACAAGGGAUGUCAAUUGGUGCAUUGGUGGCCUCACUUGACAAACCUAUGAGUCGAUAUUUCUCAGCAAUAAGCUUCCACCGCACAGGAGAGGAACUCAGCAACGAGUUAUCAGUCAACAUCUGUAAGGCUUUACAGAAGUAUAGAGAAUACAACCAUGGGUAUCUUCCUCAAAGGAUUGUGCUCUAUCGAGAUGGUGUGGGAGAGGGGCAGAUCCCCUAUGUCUAUGAACAUGAGGUUGCUAUACUCAAGGCAAGACUUGCAAAGAUUUAUGGAGAGAACGAGUACAAGCUGGGAUUCAUUAUUGUGACCAAACGCAUCAACACACGCUUGUUCUAUAAUGGGAACAACCCACCUCCAGGCACAGUGGUUGAUGAUGUCAUAACUCUCCCUGAGAGAUUUGACUUCUUCUUGGUCUCACAGUCAGUACGCCAGGGCACUGUGAGCCCAACAUCGUAUAAUGUGAUCAGUGACAAUUUGGAAUUGGGUCCUGACAAGAUUCAAAGGCUCACCUAUAAGCUUACACAUCUCUACUUUAACUGGAGUGGAACAGUGCGAGUGCCUGCCCCUUGUCAGUAUGCACAUAAGUUGGCAUAUCUUGUGGGGCAGGCCAUUCAUAAGGUUCCAAGCACACAACUGGAAGACACGCUUUAUUUUCUGUAGUGUACAGGCCUUCACUCUGACCAUUUUCAUAUUUGAUGCUGAUUUAUUUAUUUUUGUCAGUAGUAAAUCAAAUAAUAAUUAACCAAUAAAAUUUGAACUCCAGUUAACAUGUAAGUAUGGAAUUUUGUCAACAGAAGACACAUUGUCUCCACUUUAGUUAAUCAGGAAAGCUCAAUUUGUGUGAAUCCAUUCACUGUUUCCUUUUUUUGUUUUUAAACAUCAGUACAAUUGGUAUAUAAUGUAGCUCAUGUCUGUGUGCCUUUGCUAUUGGAUCAGACAGGCAAACACCAAUCAGUUUUUAUUUGUUUAGUUGUAAGAAUAGUUGUUCAAGUUUUGUUGAAUGUCAUUGACAAGCACAUUUACUGCUUUCCUUGAUUAUUGGAGUUGCAAUAUUUUUUGUUCAAAAAGAUUAUUUUCUCUUGUUAAAUAAUUUCAGUAUAUUUUAGGAUUUAAUUAGAAGCCUGAGUAGGUUUUGAAAGUGAAGUACUAAGUUUCUUUAUAAUAGACAUACAAAAACAUUGAAAUAUGGUCUUACUGCAAUAUGAAUUCAGAUGCAAUGGCUAUCAUCUCAGCUGGUCAUGCUACUACUUAUUCAUUAUAUUAAAACAUCCAGAUUAUGUUAAUUUCAUUAUUUUUUGUUGAUUUAAAUAUGCCAUAUUAUGUCCUGAGGAUGUGCUGGUAGAUGGAGGAUACAAGAAAAGGUUACAUGUGUUUAGCAGAAAAAUUUUAUUUUGUGAGUUUGAAUUGAAAGGAGCAUUCAUAUGUCACACAUUACUUGUGUUUAUUUUAUUGUAUUUUUUAAUUUAGUUGUGAAAUUGUACUGUUCUCUAAGGUUUGCCCAUAUUUGAAUAAAGAACCGUUUGCCCCUCAUGGAAUGUUUUAAA